GCGAGCGGAGAGACCCGGAGGGCGGACGCGGGGAGCCGCAGCGGCCUGCGGAGGAUGGACUUGCGCGGCGCCGGGAUGCUGGUCCAGAGGCGGCACAUCUUCUCCUGGCUGGCCCGAUGGUUUCCUAAAACUCCAGCAAAACCUGUGGUGGCCCAGAAAAUCCCCAUCAAGGUGGAGUUGGUGGCUGGGAAAACCUACAGGUGGUGUGUGUGUGGCCGCAGCAAGAAGCAGCCUUUCUGUGAUGGCUCCCACUUCUUCCAGCGCACUGGCCUGUUCCCACUCAAGUUCAAGGCCCAGGAGACCCGCACAGUGGCCCUCUGUACCUGCAAAGCCACCAAGAAGCCGCCAUACUGUGAUGGCACCCACAGAAGUGAGCCGAUUCAGAAAGCAGAAGUGGGCUCCCCAGUCUGAGGGUGAUUGUCCCCCAGGACAAGCAGGCCCUUGGUGGGGAAGCACAUUAGAGUACAAGGCCAAGGGAUCCUCUGGGGUCCUCAGCUGGCUUGUCCAGACCUGUGGUCUCCAGUCAGGGGAGCCAAGAGUGGGCACUUGGUGGAAAGAUGGCAAUAAAGGCCUGUCACAUCAGA